GCCUGGACCUCUGCCUCUCAAACACAUGUCCGCCCUCCUGAAGCGUCUCAUUACCGAGUUGUCCCACCGCAAAACUAUACCGUAUAUCACCGGCAGAUGGCGCUAGAAGUUUGAAUGAGUAACCACCAGUUUUGGGGUACCACCAGUCAGGCGCGCUCUAAGCGAGCGCGGAGGAGAGUUCCCCAGAUGCGAGUCGCGACUAGCUGUAAGCGCUUCAUUCGGCUUCGCACACGCUUUCUCGUGUGCAGGGGUGCGCAGCCAUCGACUGCGAUAAGUCUUUGUAGCAGUAGCAGCUAGACGAUCCCUUUACCUAAAGCUCACUUUCUCAGUACCGAUAAAAGGGACCAUGAAGACAGCCAUCUGGACUUGUCGUUUUGCGGGUAGUAUCCAGCCCCACCGAUCGCUCCCACACACGGACGACUGAAUGACGAGCGAGGAUGGCCGGAGGAAGGAGAGGACUUGUAGCCCCUCAAAACACUUUUUUAGAAAAUAUUGUCAGAAGAUCUAACGUAUGGACAUUAUCACAUAGACAGACAGAUACCAAUUUUGUCCUUGGGAAUGCUCAGAUCGUGGACUGGCCCAUCGUCUACAGCAACGAUGGCUUCUGCAAGCUGUCGGGGUACCACAGGGCGGAAGUCAUGCAGAAGAGCAGCACAUGCAGCUUCAUGUACGGGGAGCUCACAGACAAGGAUACUAGCGAGAAAGUACGGCUAACGUUUGAAAACUACGAGAUGAACUCAUUUGAAAUACUAAUGUAUAAAAAAAACAGAACGCCGGUAUGGUUCUUUGUCAAGAUAGCCCCUAUCCGAAACGAACAGGAAAAAGUGGUGCUGUUUCUGUGCACCUUCAGUGACAUCACAGCCUUUAAACAACCAAUAGAAGAUGAAACUUCAAAAGGUUGGGGGAAGUUUGCCCGGCUAACUCGUGCUCUGACCAGCAGUAGAGGGGUGUUACAGCAGCUACAGCCUACUGUACACAAGGGAGAGAACGUUCACAAGCACUCCCGCCUAGCUGAGGUCCUCCAGCUGGGCUCAGACAUCCUCCCCCAGUACAAGCAGGAGACGCCCAAGACGCCGCCCCACAUCAUCCUCCACUACUGCGCCUUCAAGACCACAUGGGACUGGGUCAUCCUCAUCCUCACCUUCUACACGGCCAUUAUGGUUCCUUACAACGUCUCCUUCAAGACCAAGCAGAACAACGUGACGUGGCUGGUGGUGGACAGCAUCGUAGACGUAAUCUUCCUGGUGGACAUUGUACUCAACUUCCACACUACCUUCGUGGGCCCGGCCGGAGAGGUCAUCUCUGACCCCAAGCUCAUCAGGAUGAACUACCUGAAGACCUGGUUCGUCAUCGACCUGCUCUCCUGCCUGCCUUACGACGUCAUCAACGCCUUCGAGAAUGUGGACGAGAACUGGAACCGUCGAGCUGUCACUCAAGGGAUCAGCAGUCUGUUCAGUUCUCUGAAGGUUGUCCGGUUGCUGCGCUUGGGCAGAGUAGCCCGUAAACUGGACCACUACAUUGAGUAUGGAGCCGCCGUCCUCGUCCUGUUGGUGUGUGUCUUCGGCUUGGCUGCCCACUGGUUGGCCUGCAUCUGGUACAGCAUCGGUGACUAUGAGGUGAUAGACGAGGAGACAGGCAUCCUGCGGACAGACAGCUGGCUGUACAUGCUGGGGGAGACAGUGGGCUCGCCAUACCGCUUCAACGCCAGUGGCACAGGGAAGUGGGAGGGCGGCCCCAACAAAGACUCGGUCUACAUCACAUCUCUAUACUUCACCAUGACCUCUCUGACCAGUAUAGGGUUCGGAAACAUCGCCCCCACCACCGACGGAGAGAAGAUCUUCGCUGUCGCCAUGAUGAUGAUUGGAUCUCUGCUUUACGCCACCAUCUUUGGUAACGUCACCACCAUCUUCCAGCAGAUGUAUGCCAACACCAACCGCUACCACGAGAUGUUGAACAGCGUCCGUGACUUCCUCAAACUCUACCAGGUGCCCAAGGGGCUGAGCGAGAGGGUCAUGGAUUACAUCGCCUCCACCUGGUCCAUGUCCCGGGGCAUAGAUACUGAAAAGGUAUUGCAGAUAUGCCCUAAGGACAUGAGGGCAGAUAUCUGCGUCCACCUGAACAGGAAAGUCUUCAAAGAACACCCUGCGUUCAGGUUGGCCAGUGACGGGUGCCUGCGUGCCCUGGCCAUGGAGUUCCAGACUAUCCACUGUGCCCCUGGUGACCUCAUCUACCAUGCCGGAGAGAGCGUGGACAGCCUCUGUUUCGUGGUCUCAGGAUCCCUGGAGGUCAUCCAAGAUGACGAGGUGGUGGCCAUCUUAGGUAAGGGGGACGUGUUUGGGGAUGUGUUCUGGAAGGAGGUGACCCUGACCCAGGCUUGUGCCAACGUGCGUGCCCUGACCUACUGUGAUCUCCAUGUCAUCAAACGGGACGCCCUGCAGAAGGUUCUGGAGUUCUACACGGCCUUCUCUAACCACUUUUCACGGAACCUGCUGCUCACUUACAACCUGCGGAAGAGGAUUGUGUUCAGAAAAAUCAGCGAUGUGAAACGGGAGGAAGAGGAGCGACUGAGACGAAAGAAUGAAGCACCCCUUAAUCUCCCGCCGGACCACCCGGUGCGUCGGCUCUUCCAGCGGUUCCGUCAGCAGAAGGAGGCCCGUAUACAUCAGGAGCAGGCCAACCCAUCCGAUGACAUGGAGAGAGGUCAAAUCGUUAAUGUCGAGCCCACUCCCAUCCAUGAAAUCAUCGCCACCACAAGCAUUGUCACUGUUACCGAAAGCCCAGCCACACCCAUUUUGGCCUCCACAAUCUCCAGCCCGUCAGACAAAGCCAAGCUCCAGGCCCCGUCACUCCGAGUGUUCGAGCCGGCAAAGGUCAAAGGCUGGGGACGCUUCAAGGACUCCAUGACUAAGGAGUCCAACUGGAACAAGGUGUCCAAAGCAGAGUCCAUGGAGACGCUACCCGAGCGCACUAAGGCAGGGGCAGCCCACGAGUCCCAGACCUCGCUGAAGAAAACCGACUCGUGCGACAGCGGCAUCACCAAGAGCGAUCUGCGUCUAGACAACGUGGGGGACAGCUCCUGCACCACAGGCACCACACCACAGGACCGCAGCCCUAUGGCACCCCCUGAGGUGGCCAAGCAGCACGCCUUCUACCCCAUCCCAGAGCAGACUCUCCAGGCUUCUGUUCUGGAGCUCAAGCUGGAGCUCAAAGAGGACUUGAAGGCCUUAAACACCCGCAUGGCUGGCCUGGAGGCCCAGCUAGCAGAGGCUCUGAAGCUCCUCAAGGUCCAAAGGAGAGCUCCCAGCUCCCCCAAGCCUCUUUUUGAGAUCUCUAGACCCACCACACCAGACUCGGACAAGGAGGACAUAUUUUCAUAGAAGCAAAAAGGGACUUACGUUGAGAGUGUGAAGACAGGCAACAGAUUCAGAAAAUCUUUGUCCCAAUGCUGGGCAAUUUGGUCACAGGGCCACAGAUUCUGGGAGUUGUUGGUGUAUCUCAGCUGAGGCCAUUUAUUGUCCCUCACCUUGCCGAUGCCUGUGAAAGCAGCAGAUGACGGAGAUACGAUGCUGUUAAUUUAAAGAGGAUCUGGUGGUUUUAGCCGUGGGCUAUGGAACCUUGGAGUCAUUUUGGAGAAUCUGGGGUGUGCGCAGUGAAAGGGGUCUAGGUGCACUGCAGUGACCUUUAGACCACCAUGGGUUUGGCUACCCUCUCUGUGACCCACAGACACAGGUUCACAGCUGUACUCUUGUGUUCUCCUGGUCUGCUUGUGCACAUCAGCUGUAUAUUUAAGUUUCUACUUUUUUUCCCACCAGUCCAUGGAGUUCAAGAGCAGAGCAGCAACGAAUUCAUUAUUAUUCAUUGUCCUUGUAGAUCUCCAAUGGGACCACUAUCUUUAGUGGUCUCAGAGUAUGUCUAUAAGGGAUGAAUCCAUCUUUUGCUUUUCCACUAUCUUUGAACCACCAGUGCACAAUGCAUUCUGGAUGUAUUCACGAUGUCAUUCUAUCACAGUGUAAUACUUUACAAGACUUUAUGCAUACCUUGGUGUUGCCUUUAUAAAUACAAAAGGGAUAUAGAAACAUUCAGCACAGGUGAUACUGUAUAUUGAGCUUUGCACUUGCUAUAAGCAUUCAGUAUAGAUCUUGCUCCUGACAAUGCAUUACACACAGAUGGUUCACAGAACGUAUUACAGUAGGUUGUUUUUACUACUGUACUCUGUAAUCAUUGGAUCACCUUGUAGCCAUCUUCUUUAAACCAGACAAAGGAGGCUGUGUUGACCAAUCAGAGCUCAGGACCAUUAGGUUUCAACCAAUCAAUCUUUUGGUCUGUACGCAGAGAACCCUGACUGGCCAAUCAAAGACCAGCAUGGUCUUUUGAAAGAACUCCAACCCCCCUUUUAGACUGACUGACCAUCACCGUAUGUCUUAUCAGAUCGAACAGAGAACUGCUAUCUAUAGUCAAGAAACCAAGAAACAACCACCUUUGUUGACUGGUUCGUCUUUAUUCUUGGCCGAUGGUUACAGUGCUGGGAAUUACUCUUAAGGAACUGCGUCAGUUGCACUAACAACGCUCCAUCAUGGCGACAUGUUGUGUUGUUGGAUGUGGAGGUUGUAUUAUUUAACUGAUUCUUAGUUUAUGUUUGUCAAACAUGGCUCUCUGACACUGUACAUGUGAAACGUAUAGAAAAAGUAUUUCAACAUUUACUGUGUAACUGGGUCUUCCAAAAAACAUACUUUUUCAAGACACUUCUCACUGCAAAGUAUGACUUGCUGCAUGACUUGCGUUGAUCGACAUACAUCAUCACUGUUUGGCCUUGCAGUUUUCCAUAGGCUAGCCUACUGAAUGCUCAUGCUUGGAACUCCAUUACUGAAUAUCAAAGGCAAACAGAACAUUGAGGCCAAUGAAUUAGUAAUCGAUGUACAUUUUUUAAAUCUAAUUUAUAUCCAGGACAUGUUGAUCUCCUUCUGUCCGGAACUUUCACUAAUUGGAACCUAGCGGUUCCAAAGUUUUCACGUCUUCAAUGAUGUGGGCACCUUCAAUGGGUUUCAUUAAUUUGAGACCUAAGCCUAAUCACAUCGAAGCAGUAUCAUGUUAAUAUUUGAAAAUAUUAUGAUCUUAAUGUUAACUGCUGCCAAAGUUCCUCCCAUCACUAUAUGGGAACAACUGGCGUUUGGGCCCUGGUUUGCCACAAGACAGUGUUAGCCUGAGCUUAAGCAUAGCCAUUAGUUCGGUAAGCCAAUGCGAGUCUUCAGGUCUCAGGCAAGGUUACUCAUCCUGUGAGUGGGGUUUACUAAACCAGCUUCAUUACAUAUACAUGUAAUUAAUUAUUAGUCUUAGGGGAGGGCUCCACUAAUGGUUGUGUUUUCAUUGAGCUACAUAAUGGCAACAUUGUGUUACAUAAUAGCUGAAAUGUGCUAAGUAGCCCGCAAAUGGCUAGAAACAGACAGCUGCAACAACGCACUCCAUUAAGUUUUCACUUUCAAUUCAUGCAAUUUAUUAGUGACAAAUUGUCUUAAAGUAUGUACAGUUGAAGUCAGAAGUUUACAUACACUUAGGUUGGAGUCAUUAAAACUAGUUUUUCAACUGUUCCACAAAUUUCUUGUUAACAAAUUAUAGUUUUGGCAAGUCGGUUAGGACAUCUAUUUUGUGCUUGGCACAAGUAAUUUUUACAACAAUUGUUUACAGGCAGAUUUAUUCACCUAUAAUUCACUGUAUCACAAUUCCAGUGGGUCAGAAGUUUACAUACACUAAGUUGACUGUGCCUUUAAACAGCUUGGAAAAUUCCAGAAAAUGAUGUCAUGGCUUUAGAAGCUUCUGAUAGGCUAAUUGACAUUAUUUGAGUCAAUUGGAGGUGUGCCUGUGGAUGUAUUUCAAGGCCUACCUUCAAACUCAGUGCCUCUUUGCUUGAUAUCAUGGGAAAAUCAAAAUAAAUCAUCCAAGACCUCAGAAAAUAAAUUGUAGACCUCUACAAGUCUGGUUCAUCCCUGGGAGCAAUUUACAAACGCUUGAAGGUACCACAUUCAUCUGUACAAACAAUAGCACGCAAGUAUAAACACCAUGGGACCACGCAGCCAUCACACCGCUCAGCGAGGAGACACGUUCUGUCUCUUAGAGAUGAACGUACUUUGGUGUGAAAAGUGCAAAUCAAUCCCAGAACAGCAAAGGACCUUGUGAAGAUUCUGGAGGAAACAGGUACAAAAGUAUCUAUAGCUACAAAACGAGUCCUAUAUCGACAUAACCUGAAAGGCCACUCAGCAAGGAAGAAGCCACUCCUCCAAAACCGCCAUAAAAAAGCCUGACUAUGGUUUGCAACUGCACAUGGGGACAAAGAUUGUACUUUUUGGAGAAAUGUCCUCUGGUCUGAUGAAACAAAAAUAGAACGGUUUGGCCAUAAUGAUUAUGAUAUGUUUGGAGGAAAAAGGGGAGGCUUGCAAGCUGAAGAACACUACACCAUCCCAACUGUGAAGCACGGGGGUGGCAGCAUCAUAUUGUGGGGGUGCUUUGCUGCAGGAGGGACUGAUGCAUUUCACAAAAUAGAUGGCAUCAUGAGGGAGGAAAAUUAUGUGGAUAUAUUGAAGCAACAUCUCAAGACAUCAGUCAGGAAGUUAAAACUUGGUCGCAAAUGGGUCUUCCAAAUGGACAAUGAGCCCAAGCAUACUUCCAAAGUUGUGGCAAAAUGGCUUAAGGACAACAAAGUAAAGGUAUUGGAGUGGCCAUCAUAAAGCCAUCACAAACCUCAAUCCUAUAGAAAAUGUGUGGGCAGAACUGAAAAAGCGUGUGCAAGCAAGGAGGCCUUACAAACCUGACUCAGUUACAUCAGCUCUGUCAGGAGGAAUGGGCCAAAAUUCACCCAACUUAUUGUGGGAAGCUUGUAGAAGGCUACCCGAAAUGUUUGACCCCAUUUAAACAAUUUAAAGGCAAUGCUACCAUUUUUUUAAAUUUUACCUUUUAUUUAACUAGGCAAGUCAGUUAAGAACAAAUUCUUAUUUUCAAUGACGGCCUAGGAACAGUGGGUUAACUGCCUGUUCAGGGGCAGAAUGACAGAUUUGUACCUUGUCAGCUCGGGGGUUUGAACUUGCAACCUUCCGGUUACUAGUCCAACGCUCUAACAACUAGGCUACCCUGCCGCCCCUAAUACUAAUUGAGUGUAUGUAAACUUCUGACCCACUGGUAAUGUGAUGAAAUAAAUAAAAGCUGAAAUAAAUAAUUCUUUCUGCUAUUAUUCUGACAUUUCACAUUCUUAAAAUAAAGUGGUGAUCCUAACUGAUAUAAGACAGGGAAUCUUUACUAGGAUUAAAUGUCAGGAAUUGUUUAAAACGGAGUUUAAAUGUAUUUGGCUAAGGUGUAUAUAAACUUCCGACUAAGAGGGAGAAAAAAACAGGUCUCUCUCUGCAGUAACAAUGCAUUAACUAAAUCAAACCCAUAUCGUGAUCGUGUUACAUUAGGCUAUUAGCCUGUUACCUUAUUUCGCCUUAAAUUAUUUCAGAUACAGGAGGAAGAAAUUGUGUGAACCCUUUGAAAUUACCUGAAUUUCUGCAUAAAUUUGACCUGAUGUUGAUCUAAUUCACAACAAUGGACAAACAGUGUGCUUAAAGUAAUAACACACAAAUUAUUGUAUUUUUCUUAUCUGUAUUGAAUACAUCAGUCAUAGUGUAGGUUGGGAAAAGUAUGUGAACUGUGAACUUUGGAGUCAGGAGUCAUCUAACCUGGAGUCUAAUCAAUGAGACGAGAUUGGAUAUGUUGGUUAGACAUGCCCUGCCCUAUAAAACACAUUUACAAAAUUUGAGUUUGCUAUUCACAAGAAGCAUUUCCUGAUGUGAACUAUGCCUCAAACAAAAGAGAUCUCAGAAGACCUAAGAUUAAGAAUUGGGUUACAAAAGUAUCUCUUAAAGCCUUGAUGUUCAUCAGUCCACAGUAAGACAAAUAGUCUAUAAAUGGAGAAAGUUCAGCACUGUUGCUACUCUCCCUAGGAGUGGCCAUCCUGCAAAGAUAACCUCAUUGAGCAUUUUGUGCUGUGCUCUUACAGUUAAUAAUUCAAGAGUGUCAGCUAAAGACUUACAGAAAUCUCUGUAAUAUGCUAACAUCUCUGUUGACGAGUCUAUGAUAUGUGAAACACUAAACAAGAAUGGUGUUCAUUGGAGGACACCACCAGAGAACACAUUGCUGCACGUCUGAAGUUCGCAAAAGAGCACCUGGAUGUUCCACAGCGCUACUGGCAAAAUAUUCUGUGGAUAGAUAAAACUAAAGUUGAGUUGUUUGGAAGGAACAUGCAACACUAUGUGUGGAGAAAAAAAGGCACCGAACACAAACAUCAAAACCUCAUCCCAACUGUAAGGUAUGGUGGAGAGAGCAUCAUGGUUUGGGACUGCUUUACUGCCUCGGGGCCUGGACAGCUUGCCAUCAUUGACAGAAAAAUGUAUUCCCAAGUUUAUCAAGACAUUUUGUACGAGAAUGUAAGGCUAUCAGCCUGCCAAUUGAAGCUCAACAGAAGUUGGGUGAUGCAACAGGACAACGACCAAAAACACAGAAGUAAAUGAACAACAGAAUGGCUUCAACAGAAGAAAAUACGCCUUCUGGAGUGGCCCAAUCAGAGUCCUGACCUCAACCCGAUUGAGAUGCUGUGGCAUGACCUUAAGAGAGCGGUUCAAACCAGACAUCACAAGAAUAUUACUGAACUGAAACAGUUUUGUAAAGACAAAUGGUCCAAAAUUCCUCCUGACCAUUGUGCAGGUCUGAUCUGCAAUUACAGAAAACGUUUUGUUGAGGUUAUUGCUGCCAAAUUAGGGUCAACCAGUUAUUAAAACCAAGGGUGAACAUAAUUUCCCCACCCUGUACUGGCAAUGUUUACACGGUGUGUUCAAUAAAGACAUGAAAACAUAAUUGUUUGUGUGUUAUUAGGUGAAGCAGACUCUGUUUGUUUAUUGUUGUGACUUAGAUGAAGCUCAGAUCAAAUUGUAUGACCAAUUUAUGCAGAAGUCCAGGUCAUUCCAAAGGGUUCACAUACUUUUUCUUGUCACUGUAUAUAUUUUGAACAAAACCGUUACGAUAGCAGUAUACAAUGUUUACAGAACAUGUGUUUUUAGAAAAUAUAUAGAGAUUAAAGGGUCAUGAAUGAGUUUUCUUUCACUUACGUGUGAAUAAGUCUCAUACAGUAGUAUUUUUUGGAGUGUCCUGUACUCUUCUAAGAGCUUGCUUACAUAACUAGCGUUCUGAGAUCAGCUCCUGUACGCAAGCAGCAGCUCUCCAAGUUAGUUCUUUCAAAAGUCCUGAUUUUGAUCAUUUGUCCAUGCUGGAAUCUUAUGGAAACUAUGACUUAUGAAUGUUACCAUAUUUAUCUUUUGACCAUACACAACAUGGAAUGUGGAGGGUCUUCACUUAGACAAUAUUAUCAAUACUUAUGAAUAGUAUAAUUGCGAUCCUGGCCAGAUAUUCAUUGUAGUUAACAGAAACACUUUACGUAAAGCCAACAUGUCAAGUGCUUUAUGACUUGUUUAUAAACUAUUUUAUGCAUGUAUAUUAAGCAUUUUUUGGGAAAAUAGCAGUUAUGCAUUUAGGAUAAUUAUGAGAUAAGCAUAUAAACGAACCCCUUAUGUCUUAUUGCAAGUAUUAUAUUGCAUUAUAACAAUAUCAUGCAUUAUACGUGUUGGAGUUAAAUGAAUCAUCCACUCAAAAACUAUUUUGGUAUUUCCAUUAGUCCAAUGUUGAUACAGUCCCAAAAUGUUUUGCAUGUCAGCAGUCAAGUUAAGAUAUGGGACUUUCAAGAAGCAAAGUGUAACUUGCCACAUCCUCAUCACUUGCCACAUCAUCAUGAGUCUGUAUCAAGUGGACUAAUGAAAAAACAAAAUAUUUGGAGUGGAUUAUUCCCUUAAGUUAAGUGCUACAAUGUAAACCAGGGGUGUCAAACUCAUUCCAUGAAGGGCCUAGUGUCUGCAUGUUUUUGUUUUUGUUCUUUCAAUGAAGAGCUAGAAAACCAGGUGAAGCGGAAACACGCCCUCUGUGGAAUGAGUUUGACACGUGCUGUAAACAAUAGUUAUGAUUGUUCACUGCUGACCCAAAUGACCCCUACUGAUGGAAAUGUGUUACUAUUAUCAAGCAAGUUGGAAAGAAAUGCACACACACUUUACAUAAAUAUGAACUUAAGCCUAGACUAAAUCCGUAUCGUCGAAGAUCCGUGCCAUAGCGUGACUGACAUUUAAAGGCAAUGUUUCCAUGUUCGUGGAGACUGCUUUCACAGUAAACACUGCAUAUGUUGGCUCAAUCGGAAAUUAUCUUUAAAUUUCAAUUGCGCUAUAACACAGAUCUUCCACAAUAAGGGUUGAAUCCAGCCCUUAAACAUACUUUGAUUUAACAUACUUAAGAAUCAAGUUAAGUAUGCACUACAUUACUCACUAAUGAAAUUAGGUGAUUGCACGUGUUGCUGUCAUUGGUAAACAAUAAUUGUGCAUUGCCGUUGAUGUGUUAACAGAAUGUACGCGUUCAGGUCUCCAUGAUACGGAGAAGUCAACAGCUUGUUUAUUAUUUUAACACAUAUAGCUUCACAUGCAGUAUAGUAUAAUAAUGUUUAAGGGGCCAGUGCCUGAGUAAGGGGAUAUUGCAUUAUUAAUGAGAAGAAUGACACUGUACUCUAUGCAUUGCAAUGCUCAAAUGUUUCAAAAUAUUAUAGCAUGCUUUUGUUAAUUGAUACUCUCCCAAAAUGGGUAACAACGAUGUCAUUUGGUUGGUGCAUAUUGUUAGUAAUGUACAUUUAUUCUUCAUGAUGUUUACCUAAAAUCGAAUGCCUAUUCAAAUGUACAUGCAUUUACCACUCUUUUAUGGAAACUUGAUGUACAUCCUUGUGCCAGCUGCAUUGAUGCAUGUGAACAAUAUUUGAUACAUUUGAGGGUAAAAAGUGAUUUAUUCUUGGCUUAGUUCACCUGUUUUUUUCUCUUUUGGAAAAUAAUUGGUGGAACAUGUAACAUGGCAUUAAUGGAUAACCCUCUGUGUUGGUCUUUCUUGUGGUGAUAUCACAGAGGAGGUUCGUUUAGAACAAUUGAGAGAGUCCUGAUGGAGUGCAUCACAAUUCCAGACAGUCAUCUGGGGCUCUAUCUUGAUUGCACACAACAACAAAAAAAUCACUUUAUCUGCACUGAUUGGGAAAGACUUGAAAGAUUAAAAUAAUAUGGCGGAAGCUCUUUUUUUUUUUUUACUUAAAAAAAAAAUGUUUACCCCUUUUUCUCCCCAAUUUUCGUGGUAUCCAAUUGUUUUAGUCUCAUCGCUACAACUCCCGUACGGGCUCGGGAGAGACGAAGGUUGAAAGUCAUGCGUCCUCCGAUACACAACCCAACCAAGCCGCACUGCUUCUUAACACAGCGCACAUCCAACCCGGAAGCCAGCCGCACCAAUGUGUCAGAGGAAACACCGUGCACCUGGCAACCUUGGUUGGCGUGCACUGCGCCCGGCCCGCCACAGGAGUCGCUGGUGCGCGAUGAGACAAGGAUAUCCCUACCGGCCAAAACCUCCCUAACCCGGACGACACUAGGCCAAUUGUGCGUCGCUCCACGGACCUCCCGGUCGCGGCUGGUUACGACAGAGCCUGUGCGCGAACCCAGGGCCUCUGGUGGCACAGCUGGCGCUGCAUUACAGCGCCCUUGACCGCUGCGCCACCCGGGAGGCGGCGGAAGCUCUUAACGUGGUCAGUUCUUUCAGAUCAGUGUGAUAAAGGAGAGGACGCACAUUUUAGACAAUUGAGAAAGAUCCUACCAGCUAUUGAGCUAGUCCUCGAGUGCAUCCCAAAUGGCACUCUAUUCCCUAUAGGUCACCUGGUCAAAAAAGUGUACACUAUAUAGGGAAUAGGGUGCAAUUUGGGAUGCAACCCUUCCAUGCAUGAGCCUGGUCAGUAAAACCUAAUAAUGUACCAGCACCUUGUUUUUAAAGUCCUAGGCCCAGACUCCCAGCCACACACCCCCAAGUCCUGUAAUGCACCAAAAAAAAUUAAAGCUGAUUGAUUCUCUGUUGAAUAUCCGCACCCCCUGAAAAAAAGUACAAAGGUAUAACUCUCACACAAAAGUAGUGCACUGGGCCUUUACUAGUCCUGUUUUAGCAGACCGAACUAGCUGUCUGUAGUGCGGACAAAACAAACUGUUCAGCACCGCCACCCCCAUUCAUCUUCCCGCGGCUAUGCUCUGUUGAUUUCUUUAAAACGUGAGCAUGAUUACUUCAGACAUGUUUAAACAACGUAAAACUAUUUUUGUGGUCAGUUCAGGGGAGCUGCCUAGUACCACUGUGUAUGUACAUACUACUUUAAUGUCAUGUGAAGAGAGAGCGAGAGAAUUGGUUACACUUGAAGGGUACAUGCAUAAGGACUUGUUGUUGACAGUUGACAAGCAUUUAGUAAAGGUACCGCUUAUGAAUGCAGUAUAUGGGUAAUGAAGUGCUUAUGCAGUUACCCUUCAAGUAAAGUGUUACUAAAAGGUCAACCAUUAAUAUAAAUAUAUAAUGAGGACAGUAAUGUGAUUUAUGCACAUGUCACGAUAUUCAUAUGUUUCCUGUAAUGACACUGUAAAUGUAAUUGCAAGCACAAAUGAGAGUAUUUGUAAAGAUAUGUAAAAUACUAUUUAUAAUAAAUGAUAUUUUAUACAUAGUCA